AUGGGUCCCCUCGGGACCCAGUAUUCCUUUAAGGAAGUGUUUGGCACCCUUGGCGUUCAGAAGGAGCUCUUUGACGUGGUGGCCAAACCUCUGGUGGAAGAUCUGAUCCGGGGCAAAAAUGGUCUCCUCUUCACCUAUGGAGUGACAGGCAGUGGGAAGACCCACACCAUGACGGGAUCUCCUGGGGAUGGAGGGCUCCUCCCACGCUGCCUGGACAUGAUCUUCAACAGCAUCGGGCCCUUCCAGGCCAAGAGAUUCGUUUUUAAGCUGGAUGACAAGAACGGGGUGGAUGUUCAGAGUGAGGUUGAUGCUCUGUUAGAGCGGCAGAGGAGAGAUGCCCUGCCUGUCCCAAAAACUCCAUCUGGGAAGCGCCACCUGGACCCCGAGUUUGCCGACAUGAUCAACGUGCAGGAGCACUGCAAGGUGGAGGAGGUGGAUGAGGACAAUGUCUACAGUGUCUUUGUGUCCUACAUCGAGAUCUACAACAACUACAUCUACGACCUCCUGGAGGAGGCUCCCUUUGAGCCCAUCAAACCCAAACCUCCCCAGUCCAAAAUGCUUCGGGAGGACCAGAACCACAACAUGUACGUCACGGGCUGCACGGAGGUGGAGGUGAAGUCCACAGAGGAAGCUUUUGAAGUGUUUUGGAGAGGUCAGAAGAAGCGGCGCAUUGCCAACACGCAGCUGAACCGCGAGUCCAGCCGCUCCCACAGCGUCUUCAUCAUCAAACUGGCUCAGGCCCCGCUGGACGCCGAUGGAGACAACGUCCUGCAGGAGAAGGAACAGAUCACUCUGAGCCAGCUGUCCUUGGUGGAUCUGGCUGGAAGUGAGAGAACCAACAGGACAAAAGCCGAGGGGAACAGGCUGCGAGAAGCAGGUAACAUCAACCAGUCACUGAUGACGUUGAGAACCUGCAUCGAAGUUCUGCGGGAAAACCAGUUGUACGGGACAAACAAGAUGGUUCCAUACAGAGAUUCCAAACUGACUCAUCUCUUCAAGAACUAUUUUGAUGGAGAAGGGAAGGUCCGGAUGAUCGUGUGUGUCAACCCCAAAGCUGAGGACUAUGAGGAGAGCCUGCAGGUGAUGCGCUUUGCAGAGAUGACCCAGGAGGUGGAGGUGGCCAGGCCCGUGGACAGACCCCUGUGCGGGCUCACCCCCGGCCGGCGCUUCCGCAACCAGGCCUUCCGUGAGGAGCUGGCCAGGAAACUGGAGAUGAGGGGGGGGCCCCUUGCUGGGGAAACAGAAGAGCAAUCCGUGGCAGAAAUGCUUUUGCAGAACUUCCCCCCGUUGCCCUCGUGUGAGCUCUUGGACAUCAACGAUGAUCAAACCCUUCCCAAGCUCAUCGAGGCCCUGGAGCAGCGCCAGAAAAUGAGGCAGAUGCUGUCAGAGGAGUUUGCCAAAAACGUGCUUGCCUUUAAAACAAUGCUGCAGGAGUUUGACUCCAGUGUCGUAUCCAAGGAACACUAUAUCCAAGGAAAACUGUCUGAGAAGGAGAAAGUAAUAGCAGGGCAGAGAACGGAGCUGGAACGCCUGGAGAAGAAGAUUAAAACCUUGGAAUACAAGAUUGACAUUUUGGAGAAAACUGCCACAAUUUAUGAGGAGGACAAGAGGAAUCUUCAGCAGGAACUGGAAAGCAAGAGCCAGAAGCUGCAGCGUCAGGCGUCGGACAAGAGGAGGUUGGAGGCCAGGCUGCAGGGGAUGGUGGCAGAGACCACCAUGAAAUGGGAGAAGGAGUGUGAGCGUCGUGUGGCAGCAAAGCAGCUGGAAAUGCAGAACAAGCUCUGGGUGAAGGAUGAGAAGCUGAAGCAGCUGAAGGCCAUUGUCACUGAGCCCAAGGAGAAGCCAGAGAGGCCCUCGAGGGAGAGGGACCGAGAGAAGGCUGUGCAGAGAUCACUGUCUCCUCCCCCAGUGCCUAGCUCUAGUCCCUUUGCUCAGGGGGGGCACAGCCAGCGCCUCGCCAGCCCCCCGCAGGGGCCCAGACGUUCUAACUCCUGUAGCAGCAUUUCUGUGGCCUCCUGUGUCCUGGAGUGGGAGCAGAAAACCCCUUCACACAAGCAGAGCACUUCUUAUGCCAGGACUAAACAAGAGCCAGAGCCGAGUAGAGGCUGUAACAGCUCCCACAGAAGGCGAGGGAUGUGCUGGACUGGAGUCCUUGAGGUGCCCAGGCAUAGAGAGGAGCUAGAGAUAGAAGAGGAUCACUGCUGCAGGAACGCGCCUCCCGUGCGGCUCCGGCACCGCCGCUCGCGCUCAGCCGGGGAGCGCUGGGUGGACCACAAACCCCCCUCCAACGUGCCCACGGAGACGGUGCUGCAGCCCCACGUGCCCCACGCCAUCACCGUGGCCACGGCCAGCGAGAAGGCCCUGGCCAAGUGUGACAAGUACAUGCUGACACACCAGGAGUUGGCCUCCGACGGCGAGAUCGAGACCAAACUCAUCAAGGGGGAUGUUUUCAAAACCAGGGGUGGUGGCCAGGCUGUGCAGUUCACUGACAUCGAGACCCUGAAGCAGGAAUCUCCCACGGGGCGGAAGCGACGCUCGUCCCCUUCCCAACCUGACCCCCUUGGAGAGGCUGCAGACUCAGAAUGGACUGAUGUGGAAACCAGAUGUUCCGUGGCAGUGGAGAUGAGGGCGGGAUCAGCACUUGGACCUGGAUAUCAGCACCAUGCUCAGCCCAAGCGAAGAAAGCCCUGAAUUUCUGCUGGAAGUUUUCCUGGAUUUUCCCAGGCCGAUGAAUUCUCUGCUGCCGGUGUCACAUGUCACAGACCCUGCUUUGUCCUCACUCCAGGCUGGUGUUUUUAGGGUGGCCUGUGCUGGGAAAUGGUUCCAUGGGUGAUACCUGUGAUCCCAAAGAAACUCCAGAGGGAUGUGUGUAUUUUCCAUAGAUUUAGGGCGGUUCUGCCAACGUGCCUCUGGAAUUCCAAACACCUUCUGCCUCAUGUAUGGAGCUGUAUCUUUACAGCCUUGUGCCACAAGGCUUCUGCCUUGCAGAUUUUCCCAGCUUUUCCAUUCCACACUCCCAGAUCCAUCUCUCCUGGUCACUCUCCCUCCCUUCAGGGCCUCUCUUCUGAGGAGGCCCAAAGGCUGCUAUGGAUUUAGCUGCAGUGCUGCACUUUAAGGGUGUUUUUAGGCCAUUCCCUGUUUUAUCCUAACCAGCAACAGCUUGGGAAUAUGAAUUUCUCCCUGAAAGAAUGACCUCUGAGUAUUUAAUGUGUAAGCCAGCCCCUUGAAAGGUGUCAGUGUUGACAGGAACAGGAAUCCUGAGGUGAGCAGUGGGGACUUGGCAUCAGCCCCCCCAUUGUGCCAGUGAGGAACUCCCUGGAGGGGAGGGACAGGGGGAUUUCCUCACAGCUGUGCUCAGACCUUUUCUCUGUGUGUCCCUGCAAAUGUGUUCAAAUAUAUCCUUUUAUU